GCGCACUGAGUCGCGUCAAGGCCCCGCCCCCUGAGCGGGGCUAACGGCGCGAGGGGCCUGAGUGUGGUGCGCGGCUGGACGACGGACGAGUGUUGGGAUGGCCACCAGCUGGGAGAGCUUCUUGCAGGAUGAACAGCAGCUGGAGGAGCUGGCACGGCAGGCUGUGGACCGGGCCCUGGCUGAGGGAGUGUUGCUGAGGACCUCACAGGAGCCCGGCUCCUCAGAUGUGGUGAGCUAUGCCCCAUUCACACUCUUCCCCUCAGUGGUCCCCAGUGCUCUGCUAGAGCAAGCCUAUGCUGUGCAGAUGGACUUCAACCUGCUAGUGGAUGCUGUCAGCCAGAAUGCUGCCUUCCUGGAGCAAACUCUCUCCAGCACCAUCAAAAGGGAUGACUUUACUGCUCGUCUCUUUGAUAUCCACAAGCAAGUCCUGCAAGAGGGCAUUGCCCAGACUGUGUUCCUGGGCCUGAACCGCUCAGACUACAUGUUCCAGCGCAGCGCAGAUGGCUCCCCAGCCCUGAAACAGAUUGAAAUCAACACCAUCUCUGCCAGCUUUGGGGGCCUGGCCUCCCGGACCCCAGCUGUGCAUCGACAUGUUCUCAACGUACUGAGGAAGACCAAAGAAGCUGCCAAGAUCCUCUCCAAUAAUCCCAGCAAGGGACUGGCCAUGGGAAUUGCCAAAGCCUGGGAGCUCUACGGCUCAGCCAAUGCUCUGGUGCUACUGAUUGCUCAAGAGAAGGAAAGGAAUAUAUUUGACCAGCGUGCCAUAGAGAAUGAGCUACUGGGCAAGAACAUCCACGUGAUCCGGCGAAGAUUUGAAGAUAUCUCUGAAAAGGGGUGUCUAGACCAAGACCGAAGGCUGUUUGUGGAGGGCCAGGAAGUUGCUGUGGUUUACUUCCGGGAUGGCUACAUGCCGAGUCAGUACAGUCUACAGAACUGGGAAGCACGCCUGCUGCUAGAGAGGUCACGUGCUGUCAAGUGCCCAGACAUUGCCACUCAGCUGGCUGGGACGAAGAAGGUGCAGCAGGAGCUGAGCAGGGUGGGCAUGCUGGAGGUGUUGCUCCCUGGCCAGCCUGAGGCUGUGGCCCGCCUCCGUGCCACCUUUGCUGGCCUCUACUCCCUGGACAUGGGUGAAGAAGGGGACCAGGCCAUCACUGAGGCCCUUGCUGCCCCUAGCCACUUUGUGCUAAAGCCCCAGAGAGAGGGUGGAGGCAACAACCUGUAUGGAGAGAAUAUGGUACAGGCCCUGGAGCAGCUAAAGGAGAGUGAGGAGAGAGCCUCCUACAUCCUCAUGGAGAAGAUCGAACCUGAGCCUUUUGGGAAUUGCCUGCUACGGCCUGGUAGCCCUGCCCGAGUGGUCCAGUGCAUCUCAGAGCUGGGCAUCUUUGGGGUCUAUGUCAGGCAGGGAAAGACACUUGUGAUGAACAAGCACGUGGGGCAUCUACUUCGAACCAAAGCCAUAGAGCAUGCAGAUGGUGGUGUGGCAGCAGGAGUGGCAGUCCUGGACAACCCAUACCCUGUGUGAAGGCACAACCAGGCCGGCUCGGACUUCGCUGAAGAGACCUCCUAUGCCCUGUACUUGUCAUUCCUCUCCUAUCCCUCUCGAGGGGCUGCCCUCAUGGAAGGGUAAAUGCUGAAACCUUCCCCUAGCUUUCCAUCUGAGGACAAGAAAAGCUCUAUUUCCCUUAGAAGAGAUCUAGAGGCCCCCAAAUCCUUGGGAUGUGGGUACAGCUGAAGGGAAGCUGCUCUCAGGUUAAAGGUCCAUAAACCCUGCUUCACUCCUGUCAGCCUCUCAUCAGCCUUUUCAGCGAGUUCCAGUGCCUGACUUGGGAUAGGACCAAGUGGUGGGAGGAGAGGGAGUGGAGGGGCAUAGCCUUUCCCCAACUCUGCUUUAAAUAAAACUGCAUUGCUGAUUCA